GACUUUACUAUCCCCCCAGCUCGCCCUUUCUUCCACCGCUCUCCCUCUCGCUCGUUCUCUCUUCCUCUUGUCCAUCCUACCCCCCUGACUCCCUCCCUCUCCAUCUCUCUUUGUCUCAAGAAGACGCAGACUCUCCAAGGCCCAGACUGUCUCUCACAGACACUCUCCCUCUCUCUCCGUCGCUGUCUGUCUGCUUUGUCUGCCCACUCGACUACUACUACUACUCGCACCCUGCACUCCACUACUGCUCACACUCAGCAGACACUUGGUGCUCAUGUCUCCUCGUACUCUGCACUGAUACACUCUCGAGACUCGGCUUGACGUCGAGGGACUUUGUCGGGCAAUCACGACCUGAUCUGUUCUGCAUCUUUCUUUCUGUCUGUCCCUCGAAGACGAGAAGACAGUCGAACUCAGAGUUGCGAUCUGUACAAGAAUUGGACGUUCUUGGAAGAAAGAUCAGCACUAACGGAUUACUACGGGCUCGAGACUUCGGGACGCCAGCUUGUGACUCCGUCGCUUUGACAUCCCCGCGUUCACGUAUUUCUCUGAAUGCGAAAUCUGGAUCUAGGCGCGUGGGGUUCAGUUGGAAGCGAGGGGAAUUUGAAGGUUAGAAUUCCGGAGUUUGUGAAGAAGAAGAGGAUCGAGUGGAUUGGAGUCGCAGGACUUACAGGAUUCCGCUAGUGGCGCACCGGGGUUUGGUGGGCAUUUCGGCUUCCGGAUUUUAUUUUAUUUUUCUCAAUCGAGGGAGGACUUGAGGACGAACAAAGGCAUCGUGAUAGGAGAAGAAGCGAUGGCAGCGAACAGUAAUGUGGGAUCGACGAACUCGGGCAGCUCUCGGAGGACAUCUUCCUCUGGGGGGCGUGCCGGGAGUGUAGCGAGCUCUUUGAGCAAGACUUUGAGCGCUGGUAGUAAUGCAGAGGUGAAUUCCUCGGAGACCAGUUCGGGAAGCUUUUCUUGUAUGACCACCACCACGAGCAGUGGCUCGGAGGGAGCAGUUGCUGCUUCCAUUGAGAUGGUGGGAGGUGGAGGAGGACUACGGAGGGCAGUCAGUGCAGGUGGCAAGACGAAGAAGAGGUUUGUCGGGGUGAGACAGAGACCGUCGGGAAGAUGGGUCGCAGAGAUCAAGGACACCACCCAGAAGAUCAGACUUUGGCUGGGCACCUUCGAUACUGCCGAGGAUGCUGCUCGCGCUUAUGACGAAGCCGCAUGGCUUUUGCGCGGUGCAAACACCCGCACAAAUUUCGUUCCCAGCACUUCGACUGAUGCUUCCGUUCUGCCCUCUAAAGCUGCCAGACUUUUGCAGCUUCGCAAAAACGCUGCAGCUGCGACUGCCAGCUCUCAAGAAACAAACAACAUCAGCAACGGAGCCACUCCACCUGCAGCAGCUGCUGCUGCUGCUUCCGCACACGUGAAUUCCAAGCCACCUCAGGCUCAGAGUGGCACUUCGGCAGGGAACAAACUAGAGGGAAAUGAUAAUGCCAAUUCAAUUUACUCGGCACCACCGAAAUCGCCCCCCAUACCCCCGGCAGUAGUCUUGCCAUGCUCGGGCAGCAACAACAGCAAUCAGGCUCCUCCUCCUCCUCCUCCUCCCCUGACAGUCGUGACCUCGGCAUCAGCUGCAUCGACGUCCCCGUACUGCAGCAGCAACAUUGGACACGUUUCGAAUUUUUCGGGGGAGGUUUCAAAAUCCGAGAGCAGCAAUUAUGAGAGCUCAGUCGAGGAGAUGUGCGAGAUGGACGAGGCACCAGGCUUGAAUAAUGCGCCGGGGCUUUUCAAUCCGGAUCUCGAUGAGAGUCAGCGCAGGAAUGGUCAUCCGACUCUUGUGAAUGUCAAGCAGGAAUUAGUAUCCAACACUUAUCAACCCCGGGUAGAGCUUAGCCCAAUUAGGGAGAAUCGCAAAGAGAAGGAUUACUGCUCUGAAGCGCCCCCACAAGACAGCUUCGUGGAUGACACAGACAUGAGCAGUGGCUUGUCCGGGUUGGACGAUGUGGGUCUGAGCGGCGUGGAUUCGUGUUAUACUUCCGAUUUUGAUUUCCCCGCGGACAUGGGCCCCGAUUUGGAUCUUGGGAGCUUGAUUCCGAGCCCCCUUUCGGCAGACUUGUCAAACGGGGAUGAGGAGGAUUCGCUCUCGGAGCACGUAAGACGCAUGUCAUACGAGAGGCAAAUCAGCGCAGGACUGUACGCGAUCAACGGAGUGCAGGAGUGUUUGUCUCUCUCAUCUCAUUCAUGGGGGCCUUCAUCUUGGAACGGCGGAUUGUCAUCGCCGUCUCUGACUCUGACCGCCGGGUUCAGGAGGUCGUCGACCUCGGCCCCAUUUCUCACGGCCUCGCCGGUAGCAGGGUGGAAAUCGGUGGGGAGCUCGGGGGGCAGUGGAUCAUCAUCAUGGGUUUCCUCGAGCCAGCAACAACAACAACAACAACAAGCCAACAGCAGCGGGGGCUCGACGGGCAGCGGCAGCAAUGGCUCGAAUAACAGUGCCGUGGCGGAAAGUGCCGAGUGUCCGAGCCAAGAUGCUCUGUGGCAAUCGUGGGAUUUACCACCGCUGUGCGUGGUGGCAUAGACCGGAGCAGCUGCGGAAGGUGUUCGGUCAAUCUUGCUCCGUUUCGUUGGAUCGAAGAAUGUGUACAUAGUUUACUUCUGACUCACGAUAUACUGAGACUCUUGCACAGUUCAUAGACCAACUGUCUUUUACGUGCGACAGUGCGCCAUUUUACAGGCCUCGUCACCUGUACUCAGCUUUCAUUCGACAGCUCUCGGUGUGGGAUGGAGUUUGGUUAUGGUGGAGACCUGACAGCUGUCGCCCCUAGAAGAGUUCUUCGCAUUUCAUAUGAGCACCUAGGUCUUGGGGUCGGUGGUUGUCCGUGAUCCCAAUCACUGCUCAUACUAAAUGCGAGGCAUUGUGAUUGGCUCAGAUCUCCCACUCUCUUAUGUGUGUACAGCUAGCAACUUAUUGCUCUGUUCUGGAUCAAUGCUGUGUUAAUCAGAGACCGAAACUCUCAACUCCAGUCACAACACGCACGCGAACAUUCAAUCAAUCGUUUAUUUAUCAUCCGUCAUCAUCGAAUCGACUCGAGCUUAACAAUCUUGUUUAAGGCUGGGAGAUCUACAAACCCUCAGGGGAUAUCUCAUCUGUAGUGUAGAUAUUUGGUUCACUGGAGCAAUAAAGUUGAAUGCGGUUCAUUCCU